GAGAGCUGCGACCAAGCAGAGAGAGGAGAGAGAGAGGGGCCAACGUGAACCACAGAGACACACGAAGAAGAACAAGAGAGCAGCUGUAGGAAAAGAUCUGAGCCUCCAGGACCAGAACCAAAGGUCAGACCCGGGAGCAGAGGCUACACGACGACCAGAACCAGAAUCAGGACCACAGACCAGGAGCAGCCCAGUCCACCAUGUCAGAGUCCAUCAGGAGAAAAAGCUCCAGCAGACAGCUCCUGCAGAACCUCAUCAGUUUGACAGCCCAGCGGAGCCAAGAGGAUGCUGAGGAGGUGGAGCGGGAGCGAAGGAGGAGGGCCAGGGAGAUGCGGAGAGGACAAGGGAGCCCCUCCUGGCCAGAGCCCCCCCAACACAACGAGCUCACACACAACAUAGAGUUAGACGAGGAGCUGAAGCCCAGAUGCCGCCUGGUCCUGGAUGAGGACGAGGGCUUCAGCGACUGGAGUCACAGGCUGGAGAGUCGUAAUGAGCAGGAGGUGCAGGAUGACUGCAGGGCCAGGGUGCAGAGACUUCCAACACCACAGUGGAAACCAGAGCCUGAAGAGGGGAAACAGCAGGAGGGUGAAGAGGAGGAGGGAUGUGUGCCAGAGCGAAGCAGUCGGUCCCAGGAAGCUUCAACGAGACCCCCAGAGAAGAUGUCCAACAACAGAAAGGAAGUCAAGACGUCAUACAGCUCAUCAGUCUUCGUGUCACAGGACACCAGGACGCAGCAUGCCAUGGGCCAACCCCCAGACAGGACGUCCUACCUGGCAGCUGGGACGAUGAGGCCACGUGGAGCGGCCUGCAGGGUGGAUGGGGAGGUGGAGCAGGAGGAGAAGAAAGAAGAGGUGCAAGAGAUGCAGGCUUGUCUGCAGAGGGAGUGGAGGUCAGCAGAAACCCGGAGGUCAGCAGAAACCCAACAGAGCCCCAGAGAUGAAGAUGAUCAGGAGGAAGAAGAACUGAGCUUUACACUUGAGGAGAAGGACAACCUCUACCUCAGGAGGGAGGAGAAACACAGGGACGAGGAAGAACAAAAGAUGCCAGACAAGAGGCCAAUGGAGGGCAGGAGGAGUGAGGAGGUGAACAGAGAAUCUGCAGUCUCUGUCUGCAGCAGCAGCGAAGGCGAGGAGCCAGUAAACUACGGUCCCAUGAGCCCUACAUUCAAGAAACUCCUCAUCCAGUUUUACCCAGAUGAAGUGAACAGCAGAGUCUCAACAGACGGUAAAUGCUCGAUCAUGGAGAGAACUGAGUCUCUGAGGAAAAGCACCAGCAACAUAAAGAAGACGCUGCCUCCUGUUGCUGUCUCCAAGAUUGACAAGAAACUGGAACAAUACACACAUGCUCUCGAGGUCUCCUCAAAGGAAUGCAGAUCAGGCAGCCAGGCACUGACAGACCUGACGAGUCCCAGUGAACCCGUCUCCUCCAAGAAGAACCUGUUUGAGGCCGGGGAAGCCUGGAACCAGACCGCCAUCUCAGUCACACCAUCCAAAGAUGCAGAUGGUUUGAAAGUCGGUGUGGCUGGUCUCAUCAAUCAGUGGGUGAGAGGAAGUGAAGACGGGAGCAGGUGCAGCUCGCCCUCCAGACCAGCAGAUAUGAAACCUGGGGGUGUUUUAAACAAGAAGAAUUUAUGGGAGAGUUUUGGUGACACAUCUCCUGGAAGAGAAGGGAAGGAGAGCUCAACUGGAAAAAGAUAUAAGUUUGUGGUGACGGGUCACGGCAAGUACGAGAAGGUCUCUGUGGACAGCGACUGCAGUGAGGAUGCAAACUGUCAGUCAGCUGGACAGUUCUAUGAAGAUUUGUGAAACAUGCUGGACAUUAAAUUUUGGAUUCUGAAAAAAAAUUAUCUUUCUACAACUUCAACAUUUUCUGUACUUUAAGCUUCAGGCAGGAAAUGUCCUUUAAUCCUGUUGUAAUGACAAAUUUCUUGUUGACAUUUUGGUUAUUAUUUUACAAAAGGUAGUGAAGCAAAUAGUCUUUUGUUCUGUUUAUACUUGGCAGGUAUUCAUUGUAUCCUGUGAAUAAUAAUCUCAGCUGUGGUAAAUCUUUUAAUACGAUGAAAUAACUUCAAUUAAACACAUUCCUGAUGUUUGGUUUCUCAGUGC